GCAUUGUUCAUGCGAAUUUAACUGUGAGCACCAGUUAAGUUAAUGCAUUUCUAUCUGGAAGGUUGGUGGAUAACAGUCAGUGUCAAAUACUCGCAGUAAAAUAUCAGCAAGCAAUAUAAUCGUUUCGAUUUGGAUUUUAUGUGCAAGAUGACAUUUGAGGAACUAAGCGGGGAUUAUUCUGCAGAAAGGAUGGAUACGGUUGCAAAAGCCUUGGAAGAGGUUCUCUCGUCGGCUUUACCCCAAGGAUGCAUAACAGUCGGGGUCUACGAAGCAGCGAAAUCAUUGAAUGUUGAUCCAGAUAAUGUCGUUCUGUGCAUCCUGGCUACAGACGAAGAUGAUGUGAAGGACGUGGCCCUUCAGAUCCACUUCACCCUGAUCCAGGCGUUCUGCUGUGAAAAUGACAUCAACAUCCUGCGAGUUAAUAACACCAGGCGUCUGGCAGAGAUACUUGACGGGGGUGGAAAACAAGGGGGCGAGCCCAUGGACCUGCACUGUGUGCUAGUCACCAGCCCACAAUCCUCAUCCUGGAAAGACCCUGCCCUAAGCAAGGUCAACCGUUUCUGCAGGGAGAGCCGGUGUAUGGACCAAUGGGUACCGAUCAUCAAUCUCCCAGAGCGAUGAAACAUCACCAGCUAGGCCUGCCAAGGACUUUCUCUGAACGGGAGUAUUGUGAUCCCUGAUGGACACACUACCCUGGUAAAAUUCCUGAAGGGAGGAAGAAGGAAAAACAACAUAAUAAGGCAUUUCGGGAAAAAAAAGAUCAGGUCCUGCUAUCCAGGUGGGAUGCAAAAGGGGAUGGAUUUCCCCUGGGACUGGUAGACUUGAACACUUGGCUAAGGCUGCUGAGUCGAGAUGACCAGGCACUUUUUGUGUUUGACCACGACACCGAAACCUAUGUCUGUGCAUUUAAUGGAAGAUGGACACACUGUACAGAAGAAUACCAUCAUGUAUGGCUGAGCACUUGACCUGGUGGGGAGUUAAGUCUCUGAGAGAAACAGAAAGAGGGUCUGUUUUUAAGCACUCUUAUUAACUCCCUCUGCAGACACCAAGCACUUGUAGAAACACUGGACUUUUGCCAAUGAAUUUUGUAUUCACACUGUUGUGUUUGUUACUAUUGUUAUAUAAUUAUUUAAAAAGGGAAGGGCUAAAUAUCCAAUGAGUAGUGAAAUACUAUGCAUUCAGUCAGUGUUUCUAAUGCCAACUGUUUUUUACUCAAGUUAAUAGUUUUUUUUUUUUACAGUUAAGUUAUUUCUUAAGAUAUUUAAAUGUAUUUAUGUUUGAAUUUUUUACCAUUAUCUAGCUGCAUUCUCUACAAAAAGGCACAGAUGUGUUAUUGUGGUCAAUAAAUAGUAUUUUU